UUCGGUGAAGAUAUUGACUGGGUGAAAUGGGAGGAUGCCGUCGAGCUGGCCAUGGAAAAGGACAAACCAAUCUUUUUGCUCAUCCAUAAAUCCUGGUGUCACGCCUGUAAAGCUCUCAAGAAAACCUUCCAACAGUCAAACGCCCGCAAAGCGUUCAGCAUUUUGUCGCAAUACUUUGUGAUGGUCAAUACAGAGGAUGACGAAGAGCCCUAUGAAGAGGAGUACCGACCCGACGGCAAAUACAUUCCACGUCUGCUCUUCCUAGACAAGAACGGAGAUUUACUACCAGAGUUUGUCAAUAAAAAGGCCGAAUACAAAAGUUACGCGUACUAUUAUUCGUCGCCGGCCGAUGUGUUGAACUCAAUGAAGGACGUACUUAAAUUCUACAAUAUUGAGGUUCCCGAAAUGAAAAAAGGUGAAAAGUUGAGGAGAAGGCCACGUUCGGACGAUGAACCAGCAGCCAAAGAUGAAAAGAAAGAAAAGAAAGAGACUGCCGAAAAAGGAGAGGAGAAGGCAAGCAAAGAAAAGAAAGACGAGAAAAAAGCCGACGAAAAGAAGGAGAGCAAAGGAAAGAAAGAAGAAAAGAAGCAGAAAAAGAGUGAACUUUAA